AUGACCGUUCAUUGCAAAUCCAAGGACGACGAUCUUGGUUUUCAUGUUGUCCCCAUCAAAGGUAACUAUGGGUUUAAAUUUAAACCCAACUUUUGGGAUACAACCCAAUUCUUUUGCAGCUUCAAAUGGGGAACCGAAUUCCACUAUUUCGACAUUUACAUAUACGAGAGAGACAGCAGGCUUUGUGCCGACAAUGAGUGCAUGUGGAGCAUAAGACCAAACGGUCCAUGCAGGUGGGACAGUACCAUCCGAUCUUACCUUUGCCAUAAGUGGAAUGAGAAUAAUUAA